GAGGAAUGGUCUAUAAAUAAGGGUACCACAUGAAUGUAAAAUCCAGUGUAACAACACUCGCACUCGAAUUCGGUUCUUGUUACAACUGCUAUCACAACUUAAACAACAUGGACACUGAUGACGACCAGAAGAUGGCCAUGCUCCGCAAGGCCUUCCAGAUGUUUGACACCACCAAAUCUGGAUACAUUGAUGUCCUUAAGAUCUCCACCAUCCUAAACACAAUGGGUCAACUUUUCGACGACUCUGAAUUACAGGCUCUCAUUGAUGAAAAUGACCCAGAAGGCACUGGCAAAAUCAACUUCGACGGUUUUUGCAACAUUGCCUCCCACUUCUUAGAAGAAGAGGAUGCUGAAGCCAUGCAACAGGAACUGAAGGAAGCUUUCAGAUUAUACGACCGUGAAGGCAACGGCUAUAUCACCACUUCAACUCUUAAGGAAAUCCUCGCUGCGCUUGAUGACAAACUUAGCAACGCUGAUCUCGAUGGUAUCAUUGCAGAAAUUGACACUGACGGUUCAGGAACCGUUGACUUUGAUGAAUUCAUGGAGAUGAUGACUGGCGAUUAAAUCAGCAAUACUUAUGCAAAUAAUAUAAUUACAAUUAGCUUUUUUUAUAUAUUGUACACAAUUGAAAUGUAAGACUUUAUUAGUACAAACUGGUGCGGUAUUAGCAUAGCAUGCAUGUUAGAAACUCUAACUAUGCACACAUUAAAUCUAUCUUAUAGAUAGGUAAUUAAAAUUAUAUAAGUAUUCGUUCCAAUUAAUUAUUUCUUUAAUAAUUUUAAUGUAACGAAUUUCAUGUGACAAUUAUAUGCUAAUAUUUAUAACGCGUAAA